AAGAUCCAGUUCGACAUGCAAAUGGAUCAAUUACAUGGUUCUCAAAACGAAACCAGAAUUAGCUCCCCAGAAGCUAAAUAAACAUGGAAAAGAGUAUUGGAAACUUUCUCCUGAUGCAAAUAAACCACAUAUUUCAUCUGAGUAUGUGAAAAAAGUUCAGGACUUGAUGAAUGAUAAGGAGGAUUAUAUUAUUGGAAUCGCCAAUGAUUGGGAAAUGGGUAGAAUGGAAUUGCAAAUACAAAAUGAUAAUAAUGGUACAAUUACAGGCUCAAAAGAAGAGUGGAUUCCGGGAGAGAAAGAUAAGUGGGGUAUGGAGCCUCAUGGAUGGUCACCAUAUAUGAUAGUAUAUUGUGAAGGAAAGAUAAAUAUUAAUAGACUUUUACGAUUAGAUCAGAUUGAAUACUUAUUUGGUCCAAAAAUUAAUGAAGAUAGAAUAGUAUAUUGGCAUACUCAAUUGCCAAUUCGUGUAAAUUUCAAAAUGGCAUCAGAAAUUAAGAUUCUUCUUCAUUAUGCUACAGAAUACACGCUUUUUACUAAAAUCUGGAUGGACAAUGGAACAGUGGAAGAAGGAAUUGCAGAUAACGGCUGGCAUUUUGGUAAGAAAAAGAAGGCUGGCAGUCUUACUGGAGAAGAAAUUACACCAGGACAGCUUAUGGGGAUUGAUGAAUAUUUAUGGGAAAAGACUCGUGAAUAUGUAUCACAUAUUUGUUAUGAACUUCGGCCAGUUCCAAUAUCACAAGGAGGAACAAAGCGGGCUAAAGGGCUAACGCCAGCUUAUGAAAGAGCCCUUGUAGAAUUUAACGAAAAAGUUCUGAAACCAGGUUGUAAUUUGAAGGACUUACAUAUUCUCGAAAAGGAUGAAAAGAAUGGGGGUUUAGGAAUGAAAAUUAUCGUUAAAGAUAUCUUAGGCAAUGAAAUGUGGAAUAGCAAUUUAGAAUGUGAAAGAGCACUUGCUUCCGCAUGUACCAAAACUAAAGAAGGAAAGGUUAACAUCGACGAUAAAAAAAUUGCAGAAGCACUUAUAUCAUUUGUUGCCAGAGAACUCCCGAAAGCUACAAGGGUAUGGAUUAUAGGUAAAGAAAUUUUAACACAUGAAGGUAUUCUCUAUCGUAGCUCUCAUGAAUGGGAAAAAUUAAUUAAGGCUUUCGAAUAUGAAAAAUCACAAUUCAUACCGGAAGAACUUUUAAAAUGGAGGCCGCUUAAAGCAGAAUAUAAUGAACUUGAAAAAUUCCUGGAAGGUGCUCAAUCUUACCGAUUUCGUUGCUGGCGAGAAAGAGAAGGUAUCGAGCCAACACCCAGAAAUGCUAUUGAAAUUUGGCAACAAUCUCAAGUAGAAUCAAUGGUAUGGAAUGCUCCAAUAAAUCCAGCUCCAAAACACAUCCAUAUUGAUCUUCGUGGAGUAUAUCUUAGCUGUGAAGACUCAGAACGAAGUGCAUCUGAAGCUUUGCCCUGGGUUCGACGAUAUGGAUUUCCAAAACAAACACAGCGACGUGCCUGUGUUGAAAAUAUUGAAGCUAUCCGUUGCUUGACUGGCGUUGUUCAGCUAGUGGCAUGGGAAUUUGCCAAAAAUCUCCAUCCGUUCACAGCAAGACUUAUUGGACAACAUCUCACAGAGAAGGAAGGUGCUAGAUGGCUUAUAAGUGCAACUCCAAGAGAAAUCAUAUAUAGUGUUGACAAAAAAUCUCGCAUUGAAUUUCCAUCUGAUCGUGAUUUAGCAGUUCGUUUCGUGGGAUCAUCAAUUCCUGAAACUAUUUUAGAUGAGAGUAAACUCAAGAUCGAUUUUGAUGAAAGCCUUUAUAUUAAUGCAAAAAAUGAUAUAGAAUUAGAGGAGGUUCAUAAAAAAUAUAAUGCAGAGAUAAAUAAAAUAAAAAAGCAAUAUGAGUCUGUAAUUGUUUUAGAUACUCCAGAAAUCAAAUAUGGUCAGUGGCGCAAGAAAAAGCCAGGAUAUAUCUAUCGUAAAGAAGCAUCGUCCUGGACUAUUAAUCAUAAAACGAACUUGCUUGCUGAGUAUCAUAGAAAACAAAAUCCGGGAUUAAUCACUAUGACGUAUCAUAAAUAUUUCCACUUGGGAGCAACUGCGAUCGAUGAAUGGGAUCCUGCAUGUCUCGGAAAAAAGACGCUUGCUGAAAUACUAAUCUUCGAUGAAGCAUGCAUGAUACCUAGAAAAGUAUUACAGAGAUUCCCGCAUAAAUUUUUUACAGAAUGGGCUGACGAAGUAAUCUGGUGUAUGGAAGACUAUCGUGUACAAGACGACGAACUCAAGGUAUUAAAAUUACGUAUGUGGAUGAAAAAUGAUCUUGCUCAAUUACUAGAAUUUCGUAAGGCUAUACCUAAAACAACAUGGGAAAAUGCUCUCGCCCAGUGGACUCCAAAUGACAUCUGA